AUAAUAGAAUGGGAUGAAAGCAAGUGAGCACGGGUAUAGACGGUAGUGAAUGUGAUGUGAAGAAUGGAAGAGAGGAGUACUGAAGAAAUUUGGGAGGGAGGGUCGGGUUCUUAUACCACACAGAUAUCGUGUCGGGCGGCUGACAGACUUUGGGCGGUCUCGAAUGCAAUAGUAUUUGGGCGGAUACAGACCAGGAGGUUGGAGCUUACCUUGGGACCAGGCGAUAAUACAAGGUGUCAGCCACCGUAGAGAUUGGAAGACUCCAUAGUACAAGUCAGACAUACGAUCUGACUGACUGAUGAAAAAUCCAGGACCGUCAUAUAGCACGACUGCAAAACCAACAGAUUGUCAAUGCCAGGCGUAUUACAUACAGAUUCACAGCAAAAGGUGCUUUGAAGGUUGGGAUGGAUGCGGUAUCACAGCAGAAUGGCGGCUAUGAGAAAUGGCGAGAACUCUAUCACGAACUUCUCCCUCUAUAUUCCAUCUCCCAUAUCUCGUCUCCAAGUCCCCUCCUUUGCCUGGCGCGAGAACCAGGACCAUUGCUGGAACUGUUGGAAGAUGCCGAGAGGAGCAUGGUGUCCCAGAGGUCUCCCAAGACACGAGGACAAAAUGCACCAACACAAGGCGGCCGUCCUGUCCGAGGAAACGAUGAGACAGGGAGUGGCGUAAGUGGAAGAAAGACGGCACCAAUCACAUCAUGA